AUGGGUGGCUUCAAUCUUGAGGUGUUCGAUGCAAAAGAGCCAACUCGUUCAAUCAUCACUCUUGAUAAUCUGACUGGAGAUGAGACUGUACUGGCUAUCAAGAAGAGAAUAGCUCAGAAAAAACUCGCGUUGACCGUCGAACGGCAGUCUUUGCGUGUUGAACCAAAAGGUAAAGCAGUCGCCGACGAGAAACGAAUCAGUGAACUCGGUUUGGCCGCUCAAAAUGCGCAACUCUUUGUCAGAGAUCUCGGGCCACAAGUCCCCUGGAAGACGGUACGCCUGUUCAGCCAUCUGCCAUUUAAUUUUUUUAUACUUUUCAGGAACAAUAGCCCAUAA